UGUGGGUAUUUCUGAGCACAGCGGGCACAGGAACGGUAUGAGAAGUUCGCCCGGCUUUCAGAACAUCGAGUAUUAGUCUCCGCGAUACUUAUUCGAUAUUCAACGAUCGACGGUUCGGCUUGAUUUGAACGAUAGCUAGGGAGAGAUUGACCUGCUAUUUCAACUCCCUGCUAUCUGUUGCUGUUCUCAUUGGCGGUCGAUCCGACGACGAUGAGCGCUCGCCCUGCAGCCUCUGAUGAUCUCCCUCCAGGAUGGACGCGACAUAUAGCGCCUUCUGGUCACUAUUAUUACUACAAUAAGGCUACAAAACAGUCGUCUUAUGAGAAACCGGCUUUUUCGAAUGCGUCGGUAGCACCUGGAGAGUCCAAGUCCUCAGAUGUGAAGCCGAGCGAGUUGUCAAAAGCUCGUCCCGAUCCAUCAACAGCAGGCGAUGCACAACGAAAGCCUGCUCUUCAACAACCACGAGCAACGCAGUCUCAGGACCGGUCCUCAUGGGCGGCUGCAUACAUGCCUGGGUUUGAACAGCAGCAAAAACGACAACAACGAAAGCGGAGAAAAGAAGAGCCCGUCCUGAUGAGAGAGUUAUCUUUGAAGCCCUGGUGUCUUGCGGUCACAAAUCUAGGAAGACCGUUUGUUUACAAUCUGGAGGAAAAGAAAUCGCUUUGGAUGCCGCCGCCAGAUGUUUCCGCCGCUUUAGAACUGAUACCAAGAGAAGAGCUGAUUUUGAUGAUAGCUCGGUGCCGGGGGUUGAGGAAUCCAAAGGAUGGAUCUGUUCACUUUGAUGCAACCCAGGCAAUGGUCCCGGCAUCGGAAGUCGCGGAGACAAAACCAAUUGGUCUGGCAGACGAGGAGGACUUUGACGAGAAUGAUUUUGUGGAGCCUGAUGGUCCACCCAUGACUUCGGGAAUUAUUCGGCAGCGAAAUCGAUCACCGGCUGAAGAUGAUGGAGACAGCGAUAGUGAAAGUGGUUCUUCUGAUUCAUCUUCUGGGAGCGGUGACAGUGAUUCUGAAGAAGAAAGCGACUCAGAUGAAGAGAAAGGAGAGAAUGAAGCAGAGCAAGUUGAGUUUGACGAGGAGGAUAUUGAAUGGCAGAUUCAGGCGAUGAUGGCGGAGAACGGUCUAGAUGGGGAAGAAGAUAUACCGUACGUCGAAAAGGUCAAGACAUUUAGGCAAAUGCUAAUGGAUUUGAACGUGAAUCCAUAUUCCAACUGGGAGACAGAAAUGAACAAGCUGGUGGAAGAUACGCGAUAUUUCAUGCUGCAGACGGCUAGUGAGAGAAUAGCGGUGUUUCAAGAUUGGGCCAAAGAGAGAAUUGCAGAACUGAAAGAGCAAAAGGCUAACGAGACUCGUAUUUCGCCCGAGGAUCUCUUUUCAGAAUUUUUAAGACAGUAUGCCACCCCAAAGCUAUUUUACGCUGAAUUCAAGCGUAAAUAUCGCAAAGAAGCAGGUUUUAAGGACUCGCGGUUAUCUGACCGGGAGAAAGAGAAAAUGUACCGCGAGUAUAUCGACAAACUGAAAAAGAAAAAAUAGAUUGAAAGAAAUAUACAUGCUCAAUAUCAGCUGGAUGAUAAUAUGAUCCCUAUAACUAGUAUUACACCAAAACCACACGCGCC